CUUGCAAGGAUCCAAACGGAAAACUGGCAAUCGAGUCAAACCACACUCUCAAAGAAUCCAGAACUAUGGGUCGGCUAUCUACUACUCAUGGCAGCCGAUGACUCCAAAGUGUAUCCCACUGCAGGGCACUGCGGCCGGGGCUCUGCAGAGCCGGUAUCCUCUACCCUAGCCGCGCAACUGGCACCGCGUCUCUCAUCUCAGGGCACCCAGUCCCAUAAUUUGGGCAGGGAAACUUUUUCGCAGCUCCGACAAGAGCUUGUUGGGGGUGAAUACAACCAGCUACGCCUUGAUGAUAGCAUCACCGAUGUCAGCAAAUUAAUUUGCAUUGUCUUGAAAGCAGGUCUGGUGCCGUCUACGCAGAAUGAGGAUCCUCAGGGCCAAAUUCUGGACUGCUUGGACAUCAUUCAGACCAUAGUUGAAAAAGCUCCCCAGAUGUUGACGGUCAAUCCUGACUUCAUCUUCUUGGGGGAAAGGACGCUUGCGCCCUUGUAUUCAUGGCUGGUGGUACGGCUACUUCACUUGCUUUGUGACUGGGGGAAUGAGAGCAUAAGCCAACGUGUCGGCACCAUAUUCUCAACGCUUGGUUUCGCUCAAUACAGACAUACUAGGGUACUGCUAUCUCACUCGGUUUUGGGGCUUCUGCGAGCUUGCACGACCGAAAUACUUUUCUGUCUUGAAAGUUUGGAUCAUUAUGAGCUGCGAAGUCAUUCCGCCAUCGGAUUAGCCGUGCCUGUCGCUGGCGGGCGGCUCUUUGUAGAUUUAAACAACCUUGGUCUCCCUCACGCUAUUUUCGAUAGAAAGCUCAAACUUGGGUCAGCCUCAAAUACCAUAAACAUUGUCGUCCACUUGCUUGGCUGCUUGAUACCGGAUCAUUCCAAGUCCUCGCCAUGCAAUCCCAAGAUUGUCGCGGGCUUUGUUCGACACAAUAUGGCCUGGGUUCUGAACGGAUAUCAGCGGUUGUGGAGCCUCAGCUUUCGUUGGCUCCAAAGCGCCGAUCCAGGUGGUUUUGAGGGCCAUGCGCGCGACUGUUUGAAAGUUCUGGAACACAUCGGAAGUCUCAGUGACCAGUGUAUAUUCUCAUUGCUCGAAACACAAUUGACAUCCGGGCUACUCCAGAUAGUGGGUGAAGUGUUGGUUUCAGAACACUUGAGUCGAUUUCGAACAUUGCAUCCCGGGAUCAGUCGGCUCAUUGUUAAACUUUCUUACUGCAUAGGAGAUUCACAGUUGCUUGGGAGAAUGGCGAAACAGACAGUUCUACCGAGAAUUCGUGAAAUUAAGAGAGCACCUUCGCUCUUAGAGCGUUUGGACCCACAACUCCAGGCGGCCAUUGAAACUUUUAUUGAAAAGCUCACUGGGGCCAAUGUUCUGCACGACCAUUCUAAUACUUUUUCGGUCCCUUGCAACGCAGAUACGUCUGACUUGACCAGGCUUACCCAAAGCGCCGGUAUCUCGACCAGCAAAGCCCAAUCGCCUAAUAUAAACAAUGCAUCAAAACACUUCUUCGAGCCACAGCCUUCUGAAGAAUUCAGCUGUGAGGACCUGGCUCGUAGGCUAAUCCAGAAUUGUUUAUCACUGCUGAAAUUUGGAAAACCUGGCUGUCUGGAAGAGCUUCGCCAAAUUUUACUCGUUCAAUUCACGGAAGUCUCGGAACAGCUCCAGUGUGAAUUGCUUUCUUUACUCGGCAAUAUAUCAUGUGCUAUGGCUGGGGGCUUAUCAGAGACACGUCGCCUUGGGUCAGAAGACAUCUAUGUCUGUUGUGUGUGUGAUUGUGAUACUCAUGAGCUUGAUCUCAAAUCAAAUUGGAGAUGUUCCGACACCGAUGAAUUAUACAAAAUCCUGGCGCAUAUCGUACCCAAACUUACGCGUGCUCCCCGUCCGAGGAUAGCCUCAAUGGUUGCACUACGGAGAAUCCUCACACAUUCACCGGGCUUUCUAGAUCUGCGACUCUCGUCAUCUUUCUUUGGCGAGUUCUGUUUGCACUCACUUCGGAGCUCCAUAAGAGAACUACGAGUUGCCACGGGGCAUUGUGUCAUUGCAGUCACUCAUAAAAGGGUAGAACGCGAAAGUCGCAGAGACAAUUUUAUAAUUGUUCUUGAGUGGCUAAGAAGCCUUUCCGAAAAACAGGAGAUAUCACUGCAUGAAACCUGCAUUUUGACAUUAUGCCAGCUUGCAAAGCUUUCUGGCGACGAAGAAAUGAACAUCAUAUUACUUCGUCUUUUAGAAUAUCUAGGACACCCGAACCUAUUCAUCUGCGCAAUUGCAUAUACUGAACUUUCGAAACUUGCUCAACAACUGUCUCUUACCCCUGCUGGCCUAUUCCGACCAUUCUGGGGAACACUUUCUGUCGCGGUCGUAAAGAACUUCCAAUCUCGCCCUUAUAUGGCAGAGCAGCUCUGCAGUCUAUUAGGGAUGAAAGUAGACGACUUUCUCAGAUUGACAGAAGCUUACGUAUUGCCCUAUUUGGUGCUUACACGAAAACGAGAUUUCAUCGCCAGGAUCGGAGCGACUUACCAGGACGUUAAAACCCCCUUCGACAUUUGCUCCGAGAAAGGCAAUCUGGCCGCAAUACUUGCCUUCUUAUUGAGCCAACCUUCGUCGGAUCCUGAGCACAUGAUCAUGUCUACUCUUUCCGAGAUAGACAAUGCUUUUGAAUGUCGUACUCUGGCCGAGCUAGUAAGAAUUGAGCCGAUUUUAAUUGCUUGCGAUUUGUUGAAAGGACUCGGUGACUCCGGUGACGAUAAUGGCUCCAGGUUCCAUCGAGCUCUCCAUCUUCUAGCAGCGCUUGUUCCACGAAAGUCUACUCAUGGACCCAAAAAGGUGGAUCUAAUAGGCCACUUUAUCGAGGAGCACGUGCUUGGAAUAAUAACCCAAUUCGCUCAUGUUAUCAAUGAUUUCCAGAUCCGACAGCCCUUGGUUGAAAAGAAAAGGAACAUCAUGGCUAUAGGAGCGAUGGUAAAAGUGGCCGGGGGGCAUGUGGGCAGUGCGUUGCCGCAGAUAUGUGCUUGCCUGCGAUCUGCUCUCGAAAUCGAAGAGUUGUGCAAUCAUGCCGUCACCGUUUGGGGUGUAUUGAUCAAUUCCUUGAACGAAGAAGAGGUCGAGCCUUUGAUUGACCAAACCCUGUCGAUUGUGAUAAGGUACUGGAACACUUUUACGGAAUCAACCCGAGAGUGUGCCUAUAACCUUGUCAAGUUUAUUUUGAGACACCACAGCAAAUUGGUGCAGGAUAUCUACCACACCAUGCCCUCGCUGGCGUCAAUUCCGAUGAUGUCUGACUUCGAAAGAGAGAUGAAUGAUUUGAAGGGACGGAUGGAUACUCGCAGUCAGCUUUUAGCAUUCAUUCGUCGUUGCCAAAGUGAGAAUGCCACAGUGGUCGAACAGGCAUUGGUAGAGUUGGUGCCCUACCUCUCGAAACAUGAUGAGUUUCUCCAUCGAACUGUUCUCAGCGAACAACCCGAUCCGGUUGUUGCACAGUUAACACGAGUCUUGCUUGACUGUUGUGUCAAAUUCAACAUGAACUCGGACAUUAUCACACUCAUGUCAGCCCGAUGUCUGGGUCUUGUUGGUUGUUUAGAUGCUAACCGAGUGGAUUCUAUCAAAGAAAAGAGAGAUAUCCUUGUCCUGUCCAAUUUCGAGAAUAUGGAGGAGACUUUUGACUUUAUCCUUUUUUUCCUUCAACAUGUGUUGGUCGAAACGUUCCUGUCGGCCUCCAACACUCGGGCUCAAGGCUUUCUUGCGUAUGCUAUGCAAGGCUUGCUUAGAUUCUGCAACCUCGACUCAGCCGUCACGCAGCGCUCUCGUGAUGUUCAAGCAGAUGAGAAGUAUGGGCGGUGGCUGAGGCUCCCUGAGACGGUUCGCAACACUCUCACUCCUUUUCUCACCUCGAAAUAUACUGUGACCGUUGGCGCCGUCGGGUCAAAUUGCAAGUACCCGUUGUUCUCAACCAACAUGACGCAUGGAGAUUGGCUGCGAACUUUUGUGCAAGAUCUUUUACAAAAAGGAAGCGGUGAUAAUGCACGGCUCAUAUUUAGCGUAUGCAGCCGUGUUGUAAAGGGCCAGGAUAUUUCUAUAGCCUCCUUUCUUCUACCAUUUGCCGUUUUGAAUCGCGUGGUGGGCGGCACUCCGCGAGAGCAGCAAGAUCUGCUGAAUGAGCUCAUAAAUGUGCUAUCCCACUCUCUUCCAGAAGCAAACAACCUUGUUUCUGAAGCCGUGUUGUUAUGCAGCCAGAGUGUUUUUGAGGUACUUGAUUAUCUAUCGAGGUGGCUGCAGGGGAAGAAAAAGCAAAUCAAUGGCUUCAAAAACCAUAACCAUCAUGCCGGCCGCUUUCACAAGGAUACUUCCCGUGGUUUUCUUCUGGACACUUACUCGUCUCAACUCAAAUCCGUAGAAUCCCUGCUGGCUUCGAUACCUCCCGAAGUGAUCUCUAAAAGGGCUGUUGAAUGCAAAUCAUUCUCGAGAGCACUCUUCCAUUGGGAACAAUACAUCCGCCAGUGCAAAGCCUAUCCAAAUAAGAGCCUUGGAAUCAACGAGGAGCCCUUAUAUCAGCGGCUCCAGGAGAUCUACAGUCAGAUUGACGAGCCAGAUGGUAUCGAGGGUAUUUCUACUCAUUUGCAUGUACUUAACAUUGACCAGCAGGUCCUCGAACACCGCAAAGCGGGGAGGUGGGCUACAGCCCAAAACUGGUACGAGUUACAGCUUGAAGAGGAGCCCGAUAAUAGUGACGCCCAGUGGAAUCUUCUCACAUGUCUUAAAGAGUCUGGACAACAAGACGCAAUUCUCACGAGGUUUGAAAUCCUGAAGUCAACACCCUCGGUUACCAAGCUACUUCCAUUUGCUGUGGAAGCGGCCUGGAUUACUGGAAAAUGGGACAAAUUACACGAUUAUCUUCGAAUCUGCUCAUCGCAGGGGACCGGAGAGUUCAACAUCGGGAUUGGCUCGGCAUUCAAUGCUUUUCGCCAUGGACGCAGAGGGGAGUUCGAAACAAUUAUUAACAACUUACGUCUCCAUGUUGCCAAGUCUUUAACUGCCAAUUCUGUGGCAUCAUUGCAGUCAUGCCACGAUAGCAUUCUCAAGCUACAUGCUUUGGCUGAAGUAGAAUCAAUAGCGGAUCCCCAGGUCGAACAGAGCGUUGUGCGCUCGGAGUUGUGCAACGCUUUAGAUCGCCGCCUGAACGCUUUAGGAGGACACAUUGCCGACAAACAGUACCUCCUUGGUUUGAGGAGGGCUGCAAUGGCGUUGACUGGCAAAUUCUCCGAUUUUAACAUAGCUGAUGCUUGGCUUGCCAGCACGCGCCUGUUACGGAAGGGCAAUUUCACCAAUCAGGCCUAUCAGUCCAUGCUUCACGCAGCGCGUCUGGGGGAUAAAACAGCCACCAUAGAACAUGCUCGACUUCUUUGGAAAGAUGGCCAUCACCGAAAAGCAAUACAGACUCUGGAGAGCGCAAUAACUGCCAAUGAGUUUGCCCUUGGCACGUGUUGCCCGGCGGAUGUUGGUGCGGCUCGGAUGGCCUCGGAUCGGGAGAAAAGCCAUGAUUUAAUCACAGCCAGAGCCCACCUUCUGUUAGCUAAAUGGACGGACAGGGCUGGGCAGACGCAAUCGGACAUUAUAGUUCAGAGAUACCGCGAGGCCAUUAAGCUCCAUCCAAGGUGGGAAAAGGCUCAUUAUUAUCUAGGGAAACAUUACAACAAGAUUCUGGAGUCUGAAAAAGCAAAGCCUCUUGGGAAAGAGGCGCAGAUAUAUCUAAGUGGUGAAGCCUCGAAGCUCGUCAUUGAUAAUUAUCUGCGCUCUUUGGCUCACGGGAACAAAUACGUCUUCCAAUCGCUUCCCAGGAUCCUGACACUUUGGCUGGAGCAUGCGUCCACCGCAGACCAGCCAUUUGACCCCAAAAGAGGAAAUAACGAAGAAUUCCAGAUACACACCCUGAAUCAACGCAAAAAGAGCCUCGAUGAUAUGCAUUCGCAGCUGAAGAAGUACGUCAAUCGGAUGCCUGCUGCAUUGCUCUUCACCAUCCUUCCUCAAGUGGUUGCUCGAAUCUGUCAUCCAAAUGCUACAGUCUACGACUUGUUGACAAAAAUCGUUGCCAAAGCAGUGAACUUUUUCCCGCAUCAAGGACUCUGGACAGUACUCGCUGUCGUAAAGUCCUCUUCCAAAGAUCGCGCCUCGAAAGGCAUCAAAUGUCUACAGAAAAUCACGGAGGUGAAUAAGAAGCUCAGGGUAGACUCACCCUCUGACAUGCGUGGAAUGAUAAACCAAGGGCAGAAGUUCUCGGAAGAGAUGCUUAGGCUAUGCAUUGUGCGGAUUGAGGAUAAAUCUUCCAAAAUUAACCUGGCAAGGAAUUUGGGCUUCAACCACAAAGUCGCUCCCUGUCGAUUGGUCGUACCAUUCCAAGCCAUGCUGACACCGACUUUACCUGCGAGUCACGAUUCCGAGUAUCUGAAGGGGUUUAGAGCUUUUCCUAGAGACCCGACCACUAUCGAGACUGUCCUCAGCGAUGCGCAAGUCUUGAACUCCCUCCAAAAACCUCGAAAGAUCAGCAUUCGCGGGUCCGACGGAAAGAUCUACAACAUCCUAUGUAAACCGAAAGACGAUCUCCGCAAAGAUCAGCGCCUCAUGGAAUUCAAUAACAUGAUUAAUAGGUUUUUGAAAAGAGAUGUUGAGUCGAGCAAGCGGCGCAUGUAUAUCAAAACCUACGCCGUGACACCUUUGAACGAAGAAUGUGGACUCAUCGAAUGGGUGGACAAUCUCAGAACCUUGAGGGAUCUUGUCCUUAAACUGCUAAGAGAACGAGGUAUCGCACCGAACUACAACGAAAUCAGACAUCAUUUGAACGAAGCGUGCUCCGAUAGCUCGAAGCUUUCCCUCUUCGAAACGGAGGUUCUGUCGAAGUUUCCACCGGUCUUGCACGAGUGGUUUGUAGAGAUGUUUCCGGAAUCAGUAGCAUGGUUUGCAGCGAGGCUUCGCUAUACUCGAUCUUGUGCUAUUAUGUCUAUGGUUGGAUACGUUUUAGGACUCGGAGACCGACAUGGUGAAAAUAUUUUGUUUGAAGAAGGAACAGGCGGUGUUAUCCAUGUUGAUUUUAAUUGCCUUUUUGACAAGGGCUUGACCUUUGACAAACCGGAGUUGGUUCCAUUCCGUUUGACCCAAAAUAUGAUUGACGCGUUUGGAGCUUACGGCUAUAAUGGGCCGUUUCGAAAGACUUGCGAAAUAAGCCUCGGGCUCUUGCGACAAAACGAGGACGCGCUCAUGACAGUGCUUGAGACCUUUUUACACGACCCAACAGCUGAUUUUAUCGGCAAAAAGCGUCGCACACAUGUAAACGUUCCCGACUCUCCUGCAGGUGUUCUUGAAAAUGUUCGGAACAAGCUGCGUGGUCUACUCCCCGGUGAAUCCGUUCCAUUGUCGGUAGAUGGCCACGUCGAUGAGCUUAUUACGGAGGCCACAGACAAGAAAAACCUCGCCGCAAUGUAUAUUGGGUGGUGCGCAUUCUUCUAACAGUUACUUCUCUAUUCCGGUCCCAAGCAUAUAUGUCAAAUUAAUCGCUAUGAGAAGUGAAACCAGUAUAUAGAAUGCCAAACACACAAAUGUACUUCUACUGCGAGC